AUGGAAGGUCCAUCAGAUCAUAAGAAUAUUAUCACAGAGCCACUCUUGAACCGCAACCCAAAGGGUGGCUUUAGAACUUUACCUUUCAUCUUGGCAAAUGAGGCGUUUGAGGGGCUAGCAAGUUAUGGGCUAUUGACAAAUGUGAUAUUGUAUUUGAAUAGAGAAUAUUGCAUGGAUGCUGCUCAAGGCGCUCAAGUACUGUUCCUUUUCUCUUCUGCUACGAAUUUCAUGCCGAUUCUUGGAGCUUUCCUUGCUGAUUCUUACGUGGGGAGGUAUCGGAUGAUUGGUUUUGGAUGUAUUGCUAGCAUUCUGGGGACGUUUCUAUUGUGGUUAACAACACUUCUAGAAGCAAAACAACCUCCUUGUGCCCAUUUCAGUGACAAUGGCAAUUCCAGAACUGCAUCACAGCUUUUGCUUUUAUAUACAGCUUUUGCCUUCAUGGCUAUUGGAGCUGGUGGCAUAAGAUCAUCUUCCUUGGCCUUUGGUGCUGAUCAAUUGAACAUGAUAGACAAUAUUAAACAUAGUAGAAUAAGAGAGAGCUUCUUCAGCUGGUAUUAUGUUACAGUCACGGCUUCAAUAUUUUUUGGUAUGACUUGUGUUGUCUACAUUCAAGAUACCAUGGGGUGGACGGUGGGUUUCGGAGUUACUGUGGUGCUCAUGAUUUUGUCAGCUCUUUCAUUCUUCUUGGCUUCUCCCUUUUAUGUCAAGUCAAAGCCUAGGGCAAGCUGGAUCACUGCGUUGGUUCAAGUUGUUGUUGCUUCUUUUAGAAAUAGAAGUCUCAAAUUAUCAACCCAAGCCACAGUUGAGAUGCGCUAUCAUACAAAGGGAUCAAUGCUUCUUGUGCCAAGUGAAAGAUUGAGGUUUUUCAACAAAGCUUGCAUUAUUAGAAAGCCUCAAGAAGACUUGACCAAGGAUGGAAAAGCUUUGGAUCCAUGGAGUCUUUGCACAGUAGAUCAAGUAGAAGAUCUGAAAGCACUGAUCAAGGUAAUCCCAAUAUGGUCAUCAGGAAUGUUGAUGUCUGUGAAUUUAUGCCAAAGCUCUUUUAUAGUGCUCCAGGCAUCCACCAUGGACCGGCACAUCACUUCAAAAUUCGAAAUUCCUGCUGCCACCUUCAGUUCAAUUAUGUUUCUCGUUAUUACAAUCUGGAUUGCUCUGUAUGACCGCGUAAUUAUCCCCCUAGCAUCCAAAAUCAAGGGGAAACCAGUUCGUCUCAGCAUGAAACAAAGAAUUGGAAUUGGAAUUCUAUUUUCCACAGCUUCCAUGGCAGCAUUAGCGAUUGCUGAGACUGUUCGGCGGGAAACUGCAAUCAAGGAAGGAUUUUCAGACAAUCCUAAUGCCGGAUUACACAUUUCUGCAAUGUGGUUAUUGCCAUAUCUUGUCCUGAGUGGAUUAGCUGAGGCUUUCACUGGUAUCGGACAGAAUGAAUUCUAUUACGUAGAGUUACCUAAAAGCAUGUCCAGCGUAGCCUCCACUCUUAAUGGGAUAGGAUUGUCUACUGCGAACUUGUUAUCCAGUUUUAUAGUUAGUGCUGUUCGCGGUUUUACGCGCGUAGAAGAUCAGGGGAGUUGGGUUUCAAGCAACAUCAACAAGGGGCAUUAUGAUUAUUAUUAUUGGCUUCUUGCAAGUUUGAGCGCCGUUAACUUUAUAUAUUAUCUCGUGUGCAGCAGAUUUUAUGGUCCUUGCGAGGAAGAAGAAGGGAGGAUUGUGGCUGAUGAAGGGUUUGGCCAAUGA